AUGAUUAAAGAUACGAUUAAGAGGCAAAGAAUCUCCAGAAUAUACCCAAAUAAUCCUAGAAAUAUACUGAUACAUGAAAUAAAUAGUAAACAACAUCCAUUAAAUGUAAAACCAAGUGGUAAUUCAUUUAUAACUACUCCAGAUCAAUUGGAACAAAAGAAACAAUUAUUGGGUGAUUUCUUUAUAUUUCAAGAUGAGUUAAUUAUGCUAAUACUUUCAUAUCUAGAUAUCAAAUCACUUUUAAAUUUAUCACAUACUUCAAGAAUUUUAUAUGCAUUUAUAUACGAUGAAGAAUUAUGGAAAAAUAAAUAUAUAGAAUUAGGUAUUGAAAAGCCAUGGCAUGGUUCAUGGAGAAAUACAGUACUUGGUAUAUCUCAAGAUGCAUCUUUACAAAUACCUAAUAAUUUACUAUGCAGUGAUUUAUUAUAUAGACCUUUUCAAAAUUCACAAAUUGAUUACCAUAAAAUAUUCAAGAAUUUGAUAAAUGAAGAAGAAAUGUAUCAUAAACAUUCAAUAAAUGGGGAGCUUGGAGAUUUACCGCCUGGUAGAAUAGAUAGAAUACAAAACAUGACCAUGGAAGAAUUUAAUCUGCAUUAUCAUAAUUUACCAUUCAUUUUAACAACUGGUGAAUGGCCAAGUUGGACAUUUGAAGAAUUAUUUACUAGAUUUCCUAAUGUACAAUUUAGACAAGAAGCAGUAUCAUGGGAUCUAACUAAAUAUUCACAAUAUCUUAAACAAAACAAAGAUGAGAAUCCAUUAUAUUUAUUUGAUUGUAAUUCAGAAGCAAUGAAACUAUUAAAAAAAGAAUACUCACCACCAAGCAUAUUUACAGAAGAUUAUUUCAAAGUUUUAGGAAUUUGUCGGCCAUUUUUUUCUUGGUUAAUUAUGGGUUCUCAAAGAUCAGGUUCUACUUUCCAUAAAGAUCCAAAUUCAACAUCUGCUUGGAAUGCAGCUAUACAAGGUAAAAAAUUAUGGAUUAUGUUACCUUCAAAUAUAACUCCACCUGGUGUAAGUACAGAUUAUGAAGAAAGUGAAGUUACAUCACCAAUUGGAAUUGCAGAAUGGGUAAUUAGUGGAUUUUAUAAUGAUUCUACAAGAAUUCCAGAAUGUAAAAUUGGUAUUACAUUUCCAGGUGAGACAAUGUAUGUACCUAGUGGUUGGUGGCAUUCAGUUAUAAAUUUAGAUGAUUCAAUUGCAUUAACUCAAAAUUUUGUACCUAAAGUUAAACUACCAAACGUUUUAAAUUUUUUGAAAAAUAAACCAAAGCAGAUUUCUGGAUUCAAAUUGAAGAAUGUUAAGGAAUGUUUAGAUGAAGUGGUGAAGGAAAGUAAUAAUGAGAUUUUAAAAGCUUAUGUAGAAAAAUUUAAUGGAUUAACAAUUGAUGUAAAUGAAGAUUGUGGAGAAAUCAAAAAUUUACCAGAAUUGCCAGUUUUUGAAUUAUUUAAACAAUUGAUGAUUAAUAAUGGAUACGAAGAUGAACUUAAUGAUGCUAUUGAGAUUAUGAAUAGAAUUGAAGGCCGGAAUUAUGCUAAUGAAAAUGGUAAGUCAAAAAAAUGGGAAAAAUUAACUGAAGUUGAACUGACUUCAGCUUUCUCAUUCAAUUUUGAUGAAGAGUCCAGCGACGAAGAGUGA